CUCGGUCGUAGCUCGCCCUCAUGAACGUGGAGUGCGGUUUAAGCGGCGCACGCUAAAGUUUGGAUUAUGUAAGCGAUAUUUCCAUCCCGCUUUCACUCGCGUUUCAAUGCUUCAUCUCGUUCAUGGACGUUCCCACGCCAGACCCAAAGAUGUGAUGUUUGCCUUGCGGGCCUUUGGGCGUUGCACACCAAGGCGAAUACCGAGUGUUCUCGUCCUUGCCACACGCUGUCCUCGACCGUCGACCCCGUCGCUGCUGCCAAAAUGCAGGCCAUCUGUGUUUAUACCAGGACGAUAUGCGCAGACUGCAACAAAUCGUCCAGGCGAGAAGUACGCCUAUCCCGAGAACCUCAAUGUCUUUGACGGAGGCCUAUUCAAUACCUACACCAUUGGCUUUACGCGCGUAGCCACCUUGGCCAUCGCGGCGUAUGGUACUCUCUGGGCACUACCGUCCGUUAUCAUCGCUGGCGGAGUGCCCUGGUACGUCUACCCAGCCUACGCAACCCUCCCCUGGCUCCCAUGGCUAGCCACCGGCAUCUUCUUCGGCGGCUACGUCUCGCACAUCAACGUCCUCCUCCCGCGCGCCGCCCGCCGAUCCAAAGCAGAGCUCAUCCACUUCGCUCGCAGCAUCCCUCCCACCACGACGCUGCAGAUCAAGAGUUUGUGGUUCCGGCCGUGGCCGCAUUCGCGGGAAGUGCAGUUUGGCAAUCUGCGCCGGCUGCCGAAGAGCUGGACACGCUUGACGAAUUUGGAGCUGCAGCCUUCGUGGACGGCGUCGAAUCGGGCGAUUGCGCGGAAGCAUAGGGUGUACGAUUACAUUGCGAGGACGGUGAUGGGGAGGUUCUAUGUGGUGCGGGAUCGGCGAAGGGAGACGGCGAGGGUGAGUGGGAUGUGGGAUCAGAUGUGGGAGCAGAUACCUGUGAUUGGCGAGGAAGGAGGUACGGAGAAACUGGUUGGGAGCUCUUCGGCGUCGCCUGCGUCUCUUCCUGCUACGGCGAAGAAUAGACGAGUGCCUGUGUCCAGGGCGAGACGAUGAACGGGCAGAUUCAAGACCACAAGAACCGGCGCCUGUGCUCGGACUGAAUACGAUAGAGAACCUAUUGCUGUAUCGAUGGACUUUGGAAAUUUCUCGCUUAUGAAUGACAGAAUGUGUACAAAACCUAACGAAACACGGCCUCGGACCUGACACCGUCUCAC